AUGAACGACAUAGAUAUUGAAGAAUAUAAUAAAAACAUAAUCCAGGAACUUAAUGAAGCAGAAGAAGAAGGUGAGCUAUCGUUGUCUAUGUUUUUGCAUGACUUAAUAGAGAUAGAUAUAGAAUCUAAUUUUACUUAUAAUUAUAAAGUAAUAGAUAGGAUAAUAAAUAUAUGUAUAAAAUCUUUGAAUAACCAUUUAAUAAUAUUAUCUGAUGAAUGUAUGUAUUUUGUUCGAUAUUGUAUAAAUAAAUGUAUAAAUAUUAAAGAAGAAAUAAAUGAACAGUUUUUCAAAAAUUUAAAUAUUAUUUUAAAUGUAUUUUUAAAUGAAAAAUACUUUUUAAAGGAUACAUUUCUACUAUUUGAAAGAACCUUUUUUUUUUUUAUUUUGGAUUUAAAUAAUAAUAUAAAUAUAAUGGAUAUAUGGAAAAAUUAUGACAAAGAGCUAGCUAAUUUUUACACAUCAUUGUUACAUAUAUUAUCUUAUCAUUUAUCACUAAUGAAUCAAAGUAUUAAUAAUUUGAAAAAUCAAAAUUUAAAUUCAAGUUCUAUACAAAUAGGUUGUUCAAGAAUAAAAAUAAUCGAAAUUGGGUUUGAUGUUUUACUAUUUAUUUUUAAGAGUAUAGAUCAGAUAAAUUUAGUUGAGCAGAUUGGAAAAGAAACUUGUUUGAAUUUAUCAAAUACAAUUGUAAUACCAGAUCAUAUUGAAAAUAUUAUAAACCAGUUUGAAUUAAUUCCAGAUAUAGAAAUUAAAAAAAAAAUAUUAUCAUUAUUUAAGAUUAUGCAUAAGCGUAUUUCAGAAAAUAUAAAUUUAUCUCUUCAAGACAAUAUAAACAAUUUAAUAAAUAAAAAAAUAACUUACUAUUUAACAUUGACAAAAGAAAAAAAUAUAAAUAUAGAUACUCUAAAAGAAUCGUCAUAUAUUUAUGUUAGUAAUAAUAAUCUUUUUCUUUCUACUUUUAAUACAAUAUCUGAUAUAGAGACUGAUCAAAAUGAUAAAACAAUUUUAUCAGCAAAAGGGUAUAAAGGAAAUUUAUUACUAAAUUUUUUUUAUGUCUAUUUUUAUAAUACACAAAAUCAGUUACUUAUAGUAUUAUCAUAUGAUAGGAUAAAAAUAAAAACAGAUCAAAAUUCGAAGACCAUCAUUUUUCAGUUUAAGAGAGCAGACGCUCUAGGUGUAAUUUCAAACAGGAUAAGAAAACAGUUCGAGGAUAGGCUACUUGAAAAUGUAGAGAUCUCCAUAAAAUUUAAUACAGAAUCUGUUAAAGAUAAAAUUUAUGACAUUAUAAACAAUUUAUCUGCUAUUGAAAAUGUUUCAUAUGAUGAUAUGAAGAGUGAGAGACAUACAUUAGAGGAUGUAAAUGCAGACAAACCGACUGAUGAAAGUAAUAAUAUUCUUGGAGAGCCACAAAAUCAAAUAUUAGCAGAAGAUAUAUAUUUUAAUUGUAUAGAAAAACUUGAACGAAGAAAAGUAAGUUUUGCAACAACAAAAGAAAUAUGCUUAUUAAAAGGUAAUGUUUCUAUGGGUAAAAAAACUAUGCCAUUAAAUAUGUCAAUAAAUUAUAUGGAUUGUAAAAAUGAUGAAAAUAUUAGAGACAGCGAUACAAGUAGUAGUACUAACCAAAGUUGUGAUAAUUAUAAUGAUGAGUAUGUUGAAAAUGAUAAAAAAGAGAAUAUCCAAAAAGAAUCAGAAGAAAAUAUCGAUGAAAAUAAUAUUAGUGAUCAUAUGGAAGAAUCAAAUAUUUUCGAAGAAAAUGAAGAAAGUGAUACAGAAAUGCUAAAAGUUAGUUUUGCAACAACCAAAGAUUAUAUUAUAAAACAAGGAGAAAAUGAAAAGGAUGAAGAAAUAUGUAUAUAUGAAAAUAAUAGAGAAAACUUAGAUAAUUAUAAUAAUGAAUAUAAUUUAAAGGAUAGUAAUGGGAAAAUUCAAAAUGAAUGUAAAGUGGAAAAUGCUAGUUAUGUUAAAAGUCCAAAUAAAAUAAAAGAUGGUUCUAUAGAAAAGAUAGUACCCCAAAAUGAUUUAAAUCGGGAAGUAUAUAACAAUAAUAAUAAUGAUGGUUUUAAUUUGUUUAGUGAAAACAAUGCAAAAAAAUGUGAUAGCAUUAUUUAUGUUACAAAUAGUGAACAAAUAAACCUUGCCAAUAAAGAAGGUGAAAAUAAUAAUGGGAAUGUAGAAAACUGCGAAAAUUUUAAAGAAGAAAUAAUUGGAUGUGAAAAUAAAAUAGGGUUAAAAAAAAACAAAAGAAAAAAUUAUUUUAAUAACACACAAUGUAAUCAGAUAAAAUCACCUGCUGAAAUAAUAAAGACAUUGCUAAAUUAUGAUGAAAAACAAGAAAAGCUUACUGAAUGUAUACAAAGCUUAAGUAAGUAUAAGAGAAGAAAUAGAGGAUACGCCCAAAAUAUAAGAACUAAAGAUGAAGUAAUAGAUGAAGAAGUAAAAUCUGAUGCUCAUAAAGAAAGUGAAAAAAGUAAUAUGAUAAAUUUACAAGAAUUAUGUAAAAAUGGAGAAUCUGGAAGUGUAAAUGAAAAUAAAAAAAUAUACUUAAAUACAAACAUUUCAGAGACAAAGGAUUGUUCAGAAAUUGUGAACAUAAUAGGAAAGGAUGAACCAAGUAAUGAAACACUUUCAAAUAAUGAUGUUGAGAAUGUAAAUAAAGAUCGAUUAAGUCCAAAUCAUUAUAUAGAUAAACCUUGCUCAAGCAGUAAAAGCAAAAAGAGAAUAACUACCAAUACAUCUUAUGAUAUAAAAAGUAAUAGUUUUUUUAAAAAUAAUAUAGACUCCCCAUAUCCAAUAAAAAAAGUAAAAUAUAAUUAUUAUGAUCCUGAAUUUUUAGAUAUAUUAAAAAAGGGAGAUAAUUUGGAAAAUUUAUCAGCUAAGUAUUUAAUAAAAGCUUAUACAUUAAUGCAAUAUAAUAAAAGAUAUAUACAUAUACAAAUAAUAGAUUAUUUUAGAUACAUAAGACAAAAAAUAUUAUUAUCUUAUGAAAAUAUAAAUUUAAAAUAUAAAAAUUUAUUAAAAGAAAUACAAUCAGAAUAUGAUAUACGAUUUCAAUCUAUUAUAUCUAAGCAUUCUAAACAAUUAUUAGAACAUAAUAAAAAAAAAACUAUUAAUAUUACCAAUAUGCCAAAUCCUAUUGAUACAAAUAUAAUUAAAGAAAAGCUCAAAGGUUUGUAUGAUACAUUUAAUGUAGUUCAAAGAACUAUAAAGGAUAAAGUCUUAAACUCAAAAAUUUUAUUGAAAUAUAAGCAAAGUGAUAUAUACACACCUUCCUUUUCAUUGGGUACUAUUGUAUCGAAAUGUUCCUCAUGA